AUGUCUUCCGCAACUACUGUCACCAAAACCAACAUUGGUGUGUACACUAACCCCAAGCACGACCUGUGGAUCGCGGAGACCACUCCAACAGUAGAGGAUGUUCAGUCAGGCAAGGGCCUGAAGCCUGGUGAGGUGGUCAUUGAGGUGCGCAGUACCGGUAUUUGCGGAUCCGAUGUCCACUUCUGGCACGCAGGCUGCAUUGGCCCCAUGAUUGUCACAGGUGAUCACGUCCUUGGUCACGAAUCCGCCGGCCAGAUCGUCUCCGUCGCACCCGACGUUACCUCACUGAAGGUCGGCGACCGCGUCGCUAUCGAGCCGAACAUUAUCUGUAACGCCUGUGAGCCCUGUUUGACCGGCCGCUACAAUGGAUGUGAGAAGGUCGACUUCCUUUCCACCCCUCCCGUCGAUGGUCUUCUCCGUCGGUACGUGAACCACCCCGCCAUCUGGUGUCACAAGAUCGGCGAUAUGACCUAUGAAGAUGGUGCCCUCCUGGAGCCAUUGAGUGUUACUCUUGCAGCAGUUGAGCGCAGCGGACUGCGUCUCGGCGACGCAUUGCUUAUCACCGGCGCCGGUCCGAUCGGUCUGAUUAGCUUGCUCAGUGCCAAGGCGGCUGGUGCCUGUCCCAUUGUUAUCACUGAUAUCGAUGAGGGUCGCCUGGCCUUCGCUAAGAGCUUGGUCCCGGAGGUGCGCACUUACAAGGUGGAGAUUGGAAAGUCAGCCGAGGAGUGUGCCGAUGGCAUCAUCAAUGCCAUGAACGAUGGCAAGGGCUCUGGUCCCGACGCCCUGCGCCCCAAGCUGGCUUUGGAGUGCACAGGUGUCGAGAGCAGUGUCAACUCGGCCAUCUGGAGUAUGAAGUUUGGUGGCAAGGUGUUUAUCAUUGGUGUUGGCAAGAACGAGAUGACUAUCCCCUUCAUGCGUCUCAGCACUCAGGAGAUCGACCUUCAGUACCAGUACCGUUACUGCAACACCUGGCCCCGUGCUAUCCGCCUGGUGCAAAAUGGUGUCAUUGACCUGCGCAAGCUGGUGACCCACCGCUUCCCUAUUGAGGAUGCUCUCAAGGCGUUCGAGACUGCCGCCAACCCAAAGACUGGUGCUAUUAAAGUGCAGAUUAUGAGCUCCGAGGAGGACGUGAAGGCGGCCGAGGCUGGCAAGGCCUUUUAA